AUGGGUGAGGUCUACACGCAACAGCCGUAUCAUCUCCCACUCGACUGGAAUAUGCAACUCCACUCUCUCACCAACGACACUUCACUCAGAAACUACCGCAAGACCUUGUCACGAGUGUCCAAACCCAGUAGUGCUGGAAAUAGUCCACAUUCUCAUCCACAACGACGACGCACCAUGACCACCUACAACAACAAUGGGUUCACUCAAGUCCUUCCCGUACGGAAUCUAUUCCAUAACAACGCUGCAGCAACUCAACGACCACCAAGACCUACCAGCUGGCAUCCAUCUGUGAAACAGCAACCACAACCAUACUACGUACCCAACUGCCACCCGUCAUGGUUGCGUGGUGAUGUCCCUGUUCCUUCUGUAACCGCCCAGCAACAACAAUCGGGCAUGACUUCCAUGUAUGCCGGUCUCUCGACGCCAAUCACGUGUCCCAUGAGCGGCGACUUGCUCUCGACCAAUGAUUACUUUGCCGCCAAUCCUCCUAGCGAACCAUACAACUUUCUCCCGCCAGGCCCGCAGGUCUACACCCCCGUCGAGCCUUCAGAUAUGUUGUAUUCCGAGCCAUCGGAGUGGUCUGCCUACAGCGUGGAAGGCACACCGGCGACAACAAUCAAUGGAUUUGUGUCUACGGAUCCUGCAAUGAUUGAUUACGGUCAUGAGAGUGUGGCCUCAGCGGAUGAUCUAACUGCACCACCAACACCAGAUAUGGCCUACAAUCAUCAACAGCCAACCCUGAUCUCUACCACACAAAACAACCUCGACGAUGGAAGCGACGAUCUGGUCGCUGUUGGUCUUUACGAUGAACCUUCCUCACUCUCCUUUUCAUCUCUACUAGGCGGUGAUAACACCUGCCACCCCACCGGUAAGGGGCUCAAGCUCGAAGAGACCUUUACUCCUGUCGAAGAUGAUGAGGAGGACGGAGAUGCCGAAAAUGACGACUAA